AUGUCCGCCGAGAACGAAAAGUCCAACCAGAAGACCAUCUCGAUGGAGGAGCUCGGUCAGCACAGCACCAACGACAACCUCUGGCUGCUCAUCGACGGAAAGGUCUACGACGUUUCCAAGUUUGCGGACGAGCACCCCGGCGGUGACGAGGUCCUCCUCACCGAGGCGGGCAAGGACGCCACCGAGGCCUUUGAGGAUGUCGGACACUCGGACGACGCCCGCAGCCUCCUUGGACCCAUGCUUGUCGGCGAGAUUGAGGGUGGCUCCAAGUCGAUCAAGACGACGAGCGGUAUCAAGAGCAACGAGAGCCCCGACCAGAACAGCAACCCCAUCUUUAUGUUCAUUCCGCUGCUGGUCCUCGGCGCCUACCUUGCCUACCGAUACGUCAACUGA